AUGGUCAGGACCCUGCGCCCUUUGUUCUGCUGUCAAGAUUCCGGUCUCCUCUGUGCGGUCACAGAUUUUGCACGGAUGGUGGCGACUAGCAAAGAUGGUACCGGUAUCAUGAUGGAGCUGGUCAAACGUGUAAUUCCAGAAGAAAAUUCGCUUCCUGUUCGUCUGGCGAUGUUUCAAAAGGAACUGGCGUCCUCUUCCAAAACUUCGUCGAAAUACUGUGCCCCAGUCAUACGCACGGCCAAAGAUACGGCACAGGAACAAGAUGAAGCAACAGACAAAUAUGCUGCUGGCAGCCAAGCUUCUCCGCCUGUCGACAUAGAGGUUGUAAAGCCAUACACUGGCAAACAAGACGCCACAUGGAGCCGGUUGAGAGUAAAGAGAUGUGUUCAGCGUCAGUGGGUAUCUCUGGAGAUCCAGGUUCCAAUAAGGGCAGGAACCCAUCGCAAGACGCACACCUCGAGGUACUGGGUUUUGGAGUGUGUCCACGACAAGCUGUUGCAGAGGCAACAGUCACAGACACCAGAUCAGCAGACGCAUGGCGACAAGCGAAGUAGUGACGGUUGGGGACCCCCCCAUCCGAAGACAAGUCUUCAUCGAGAAUGGGUCGCUGAAGAGGAGGAGAUAUUGGGGGAGGCUGAGUGCGAGCAAUCUCGGAAACCGUUUCCCUUGGCAGAGAUGACGAUCCUUAAUAAUCAGGAGAAAGCACCUACUGAAGGAGCCGGUCCAAUGGUAGGUACCGCUCAGGAACUAUCGGCGGCUCAAAUGAGGAGAAAAGACACGAAAUGGAGAGGUAAAUACUUCGCCGAUGACAGCUUUUCUGCGGUUCAGUUGAUCGGAAGUAAAAACACUGGAAUUCAACACCGGGUUAUUCGUUAUUACGGUCCGAAAAAGGCGGAGGAAUUUCCAGGGGAUGGAGGGGAGCAAGCAGAACGGGGCAGGUACAGGAACGAAAGGAACGACAGAAAAGAACAGCAAGCGGCGGUUCUACUUGCACCCUCAGCAGUGAGACCACUCGCGGAAACUACGUACGCCACAGCUGGCACUAAGCAUAUUACCAAGUCAUGGCGUCUGCUGAGGAUGAAACACCCGCUGCACCAAGUGUGGGUGGCAGCGGAAGGUGAACUGAGGGCUAGAACGGGCAAGCUGUGGAAGACAUUUCCAGUCAUGCAGCUGAUGGAAUUGCGUAAUUUGGAAGAGGAUCAAGACGCGAGAAACAAUGCAGCCGGUGUUUCUCAGACAGAGGCAUUGCCAGCAGUUGCCCUAGAACGGGCUCAAGCACAUAAGUGUUCUUCUAGUGGGGGCACAACCUAUCCCGAUGACAGCCUUCGUCUUAAGGAGACAGCCAUAGUACCAGAACAGACGUCGGGUACUCAGAAUAGAGGAUUGGUAGCAAGCGAAGAAGCUGAGAUAAUUGAAAGCGAAAACGCGCCUGCCCGUAUGCAGCAAGUGAACAAACAGGUUUCCAUCAUCGCUGACGCCUACACACCGACACCAGCGUUAUGUACCGACGGCGAGCUUUUGUGUCAGGAAUCGACUGAUCUGAAGGAUGCUCUCGUAACCUGCCAGCGGCAUCAGUGCCUAGGGCCAUCUACUUCCACGGCUUCGUCAUAUCGUUCGUCGGAAGGCGAUAUUGAGGCUCGCAUUUCAACCUUGAGACUCGUGGCCACCGUUGAAGCGAACUGCCCGGAGGCUUUGAGCGAACUAGUGAAGCUGCCUCAUGGAGGUCUCAUUUCCCUGUUUUUCGGCACUUUUGCUCCAGAUUCCAGUGCCAUUCCGCCGAUCCAGGGCAAACAGUGUACACGAGCCGAUGGGUGUAGGGACCACACAACGUACAUAGGGCUCUAUACGGAUUCUGAAGCGCUGCCUCAGAGGACCAGGAAAAAUAAUCUUGAAGCCGUUCUCGACUUUCUCGUAGCGCUGUGCAAGGAUGAGGGUAUUCGGCAGUCUUUGGUCGAAAAGGGUCUUGUUCUUUUCGUGGGGAACUUCCUGAGUGCCAUGCUUGAAAAGAGGUUCCCUCUGGUACAUGCCUCCGGCGAUGCUUCGGGGUCAAUCUGCACUCCAAACGAAACGCCAGCAGAGUGUCGAGAUUGGGUGUGGCCUUUGCAACCACGAACAGUCCCGGAUCGCCUCACAACCGGGCAAGGCUUUCUUUUGAUCCAGGCCCUGCAAGGUAAAGAGGAGGCGAAAGAGCAGAAGGUAGGACUCAUGCGCCGUCGCAUCCGGGGUAUCUCUGCGCCAGCUGACGGUGUUUAUCCUCCCUGUCAUGCCAUCGUUCUAAUGAAAAUGCUUGUGCUCGAGCAGUCGUGGAAUCAGCCAUACUUCACCCGAGCCCUUUUCCCUCAUAAAAGCGCGGAGAAUUCCGAGACGGAUGUGGCUGUAUUUGAUUCGUGCCGGAGACAGGCAGUGGCUCUUCUUAGCGCGUUAUGCCUUCCAGCACAAGGCAAACAGCAAUGCGCAUCUUGUCUUCUUCCUCUGGUGACCGCUCUCUGCUUCUUAGAAACGGAUCCUUCCAGCCUUGCGCAGGUAAGCAAAACAUAUAUGGAGCCGAGGCGUCUGUGCGGACCACCCAUCAAAGAUUGUAUAGCAUGGCUUUUCAGAAGGUGGCAAGGCAUAUAUUUUGUGCUCAUAUUAAAAAAAUACACGAAAUAG